AUGACUCUUCACCUUCAUCUUUGUCUCCCUCUGCUGGCCAUGUGGCUGCAGCCCACCUUCUGCCUUUACAACUGCUCCUCUGACUAUAACAGGACACCAGACAGUUCGGACCUGACAGUGGACUGCGGCACCAACAUGAUCAGCUUGGAGAUCAACGCGUGCACAGCUCAGUGGGCAGGCUUCAACUCCUCCAACUUGGCGCUGAACAGCAAGCACAACAUCAGCGACUGCCAGGGCGUGAUCGACACCAGCGUGGACCCGCCCGUCAUUCGCUACCAGCUUCCAGUUAACGACAGCCUUGACAAUUCCUGUCGACAGUCCCUGCAGAUCGUGGAUGAGGCCCCGGAUCCCACGGGCCCUUUCAGCAACUUCCUUAGCAUCCAGUCGGUUAUCAUCACCAGCUUCAUCGACACCCCCAAAUCAGACCAGGGAAUAAUCAGCUACUCCACUGACCUCUACUACCAUUUCUCCUGCCGCUACCCCUUAGAGUACCUGAUCAACAACACCCAGAUAGUUGCCUCCUCAGUUUCCGUGGCAACAAGUGACAACAAUGGGUCCUUCAUAGACACCCUGAAAAUGAGUGUUUUUAAUGAUACCAACUAUGGCUAUCCGUUAGUCGUACCUUCCUCCGGGCUGCAGCUGCGGACAAGGAUCUACGUGGAAGUAAAGGCCGUGAACCUGACUGGAAAUUUUCACGUGCUGCUGGAUCACUGCUUCGGAACUCCGACUGCCUACAACGUGUCGAACAAUGAGCAGCACAACUUCUUCACCGGAUGUUCAGUAGACCAGCGGGCGUCCAUUGAUACCAACGGACUCUCCAACGUGGCCCGUUUCGACUUUGAGGCCUUCCGCUUCGUUCAGCACCAGGACCAGGCCAAGUCCAGCAUCUACUUGCACUGCAUCCUCAGACUCUGUGAGCCCACCAAAUGCCAAGAACUGCUGGACGCUUGUAGCAACAGAAAAAAAAGGUCCUUGGCUCCUUUUGGACAAGAGGGCAGCGACUCUGCCACUGUUUCCGUCGGACCUCUGUACACCACUGGAGAAGAGAGGCCUGUCGCAGCUUCCUACAGUACGAGUGACACUGUGGCGUCAGAGAAGCAUGACACGGACGUGACAGGCCUGGUGGUCGGCGUCGUGUUCGGCACAGCCGCCUCCGCUCUGCUGGUCCUUGGCGGCUGGUUUGUGCUGAAGAAGUUUUAUUUGGCGGGACCUCGUUCCUUCAACUGACACAUUGUAAAUACGACCUAAACUUUAUGGGUAUGUUCAGUGCAGACUCACUAAAACAUGGAUAACGGUAACAAUUUUCCAUACUUUUGUGUGUUCAUGUAGUAAUUUUUUAAAUAACAUAACACCAUUUUGUUGUAUCUUGUUGUCUU